CCGUCUUAUUUUGAUGAUGAAUAUGAAGGCACGCUAAGCCGGGCUGGAGCGGAGUGUCUCAGAGGCUGCGCUCCUUCCAGAGCCCAAGGACUUACAGCUUCUUCCGCUGCUGCCUCCCUGUGCCAACAACCCCCCCCCAAAAGUUGUGAUGCUUUUCUUUACCCAGUGCUUUGGGGCUGUGUUAGAUCUCAUUCACCUCCGCUUUCAGCACUACAAGGCUAAACGGGUCUUCUCUGCUGCUGGGCAACUUGUCUGCGUUGUAAACCCCACGCACAACCUAAAGUAUGUGUCCAGCUGCCGUGCCAUCGCUCAGAGCGCGCCAGAGCAAGGCAGCUUCCCCCCCCACCACCUCACCCACCACCACCGCCAUCACCGUCCCCACCAUCACCUCCGCCACCACGCUCGCCCGCACCACCUCCACCACCAGGAGGCAGGGCUGCACGCUGCCCAGGUGACACCCUGCAUGUGCCCCCUGUUCUCCUGCCAGUGGGAAGGCCACCUGGAGGUGGUGGUGCCCCAUCUACGGCAGAUGCACAGGGUCGACAUCCUCCAGGGAGCGGAGAUCGUCUUCCUGGCCACGGACAUGCACCUGCCCGCACCAGCCGACUGGAUCAUCAUGCACUCCUGCCUGGGCCACCACUUUCUGCUGGUGCUUAGGAAGCAGGAGAGGCACGCAGGGCACCCCCAGUUCUUUGCCACCAUGAUGCUGAUCGGGACCCCCACCCAGGCCGACUGCUUCACCUAUCGCCUGGAGCUCAACAGAAACCAUCGGCGUCUGAAAUGGGAGGCCACCCCCCGGUCUGUUCUCGAGUGCGUGGACUCAGUGAUCACUGACGGGGACUGCCUCGUCCUCAACACCUCGCUGGCCCAGCUCUUCACCGACAACGGCAGCCUGGCCAUCGGGAUCGCCAUCACGGCUGCAGAGGUCUGCCCGUCAGAAGCCGAGACGUGAAGCCGGAGGCCACUGGACGUUCAGGCACAGCCACCUGCCCCCAGACGCUCUACCUGUGUCCCUGGGAAUCUCCGGAGGCCGGGACUCCAGGCUCCUUUUUAUUCUUCUCCCUCCUUCCCACCUUCCUUCCUUCCUUUCUUUUUUUGUCUCAGGUACUUUGUGGUAUUUAGUAUUUGUCCUCCGUGGGCAUUAGAGUAGGUAAACAGCCUGUGAUUCACGAUCUUGGUGUGAGGCCCGUCCUGAUUUGUCCGUAUAGCUUCACAGAGCAUUUGUAACCCGAUGCGAUCAGAAUGGUGAGUUCCCGCACCCCCAGUGCCCUUCUCCACUGCUUCCCACAUAAGCAAAAGCCACUGAGACCACGAAGAGGACUGCUGGGGUUGAGAGGAGGUUUAGCGUCUGAAUCCUUUCUUCCUUCUCUCUUCGUCUAUUUCCAACCGAGCUACCUCUGAGGUGUGAGGACAGCAGGUUGGGGAGAGCGACCUGGCCAGCUCAGAGUUAUGUUUCAGACCAGCCAGACACAACUCUGACACCUUCCCAGGAACCUUAGGGUCAGAGCUAAGCUGCCUGGAUGUGAGGAGACAGGGUCUCCUCUGAAGGCCAGGGCACCAGACUGCCCGGGGACAUCCCAUCAUGAGGCUGCCAGGGGGACCUCUGUUGGCAGGCUGCCAGGGGCUUGCCAUCAGCCUGGGCUGUCCUUCCCUGCGCUGGGCCAAAGCCCUCAUGUUUAUGGUGCUCUCCUGAAAACCUCUUUGCCCUCUGUUGAGCAAGUAGGAGAAAAGAACAGGCAAGAUGCAGGGGAUGAGAAGCCGCUGAGAAGAAAGAUAAAUUAAUCUCCCACCUCUGGGAGGGCAUUCUCUCCUCCGAGGUUUUAUUAUCAAAUUGUAAAAUCCAUCAAUCCUUUCACUGGGGCGGAACUCUUCCGUAACACACGAAGAAACCCACUUUACUCUUGAUAUCCUGUAAAGCAGAAUCAUAACUCCGCAUCAGACCCAAGGAAUUGGGAGGGUGUGCCAGGACCUCUGACCUCUGGAGGUCAGAGGUGACUCAUACACCUGGGGCAGGGGAGAGGAGGUCCUCUUCCUUUCUCUUACAGCACACAAACAUUGUCACUGGUCAGCUAUUGCCAGCUUCCUGUUGCAGUGCGAAUGGAAAGGUGACAAAAAUCCAUCUUGCCUCUACAUAGACUGCUUCCUCAUGUUUGCUUGCCAGAACAAUUCAACACCUCCUUGUAGAAGUUUCUCUUGUGUAUUUGAAGAGAGUAAGCAUGUUUAAAUGGACUUUGUCUCUUCGGUUCAAAGGUGAACACUGUUCAGCCUUCCCGGUAUACCCUCUUCUCCCUCCUCAUGUUUGUGUUUUCUUUGGCUACGCUUUGGUCGCUGAAGAGCAUGGCACCAAACCCCACACGACACUCAGCAGAAUUGAGUGAUUCUUCUGCCACGCAGAUGUGGCUCUCUGGCCCGUUCCCUCACCCCAGCUAUCUCGGCUGCAUCUGGGCAGCCCUCCAAGUGAGUACUUAGUUUCAGGCAACUUGCCCUGGUUCGCCAUCAGCAGUCUUCUCCCCACUAAAAAUAAUUGAUCCCGAAACACAGCAUCCUCCCCCCUCAUAUGAGAUCAUCCUCCAGUCGCCUCUGCUGCCCACCCACGCCCCAAGGGUGGUGGCAGUCGGGAGAUUCCCUAAACCAGCCCUUUCUAGUCACACAGCCAUCGCCGAGGCCAAAUCGUGGGGCCAAACUUUGGUCAGGUUAGAGCCCCGAGGGGGCCCCUAAACAUCGUGUCACUGCCUGAGGCCAACAUCAGGUCACGGUCGCAAGGAAGGGGCUGGAAUCUGCUCACUCUGUCAGAACAUCCUACCAGGGCACCAGCUCUGCCCUUGAACCACACAGACGCCCAGGAACAAGCUGAGGCUGGCUGGCCCGCACAGGAGAGACGGGCUCACUUGGUUCCUUCCUUUACCCACAGGCCCUUCCCCAAAACCUCAGAUCUCCUUGCCUGUAAGUCUUACUUCAAGAAGCCACAGUUCCUCCCCUGGUUCCUGAUACUCAGCAACUCUGAAACAUUUCUGUAGCAUCACAGGUGCCCCAGACAAACCAACAGACAAAACCUCAACGAGAGUAUAAUUACAGUGCACAGGGCCUUAGAAUUCCUGCAGACACCACCUCUGCCUUCUUCUUGUGCUGUUACCUGAGCCAAACUGGGAAUAACUUCAGGUUAUUAUUGCACAGAAGACUGGAUUAUGAAUGGGGGACCCCAGACAGGAACUUGUAUUUUGGGUACUUAGGAAUGUUUAGAAUAAAGGAUAGGAAUGUUUCCUUUUCAUCCAUCUAUGAUGCUCCCCAGACGGCCUCCCUCUCCGUAGCCACACGUGAGGAAUUGAAGAAAAAAGAGGAAACCAAAAACAAUGACGAGAGAAGAGAAAACAGCACCAACAGCGUGUUGUGGUGAGCUUUACCGCUACAAAUGGCUCCCACAUUCCAAUCUCGGGUUAAGUAAAUCCUUGGCAGCAUCCUCAAUUUACUAGAAAAAAAUAGAGAUUCAGAGACACGACAUGACCUUCCCAAGGUCACACACCAAGUGGUCAGGGCCAUGAUUAGAACCCGACCAAAUGACUACAAAUUUGGUGUUCUGGGAAAAGGAAGACUGGCCCCAAAUAUUCAGCAGUGUUCCCUCCCACCUCCUCAGUGGACUAAUGGUCCCAAGGGUCAACCCGGUCUUUGUUCUGGGAUACCUGAGGGAUCAGGGAGAGAGAGAGACUGGAGCGCAUUUGCUCUUAAAGGCAGCUCUGCUGGAAGAACUGGUCAACCUAGAAGCAGAGGGUGGGGUGGUGGGAGCAGGUAAUGGCUGUGGAGUCUUCCAUGCCCUGGGGCUCCAGGAUCCUCGUUCUUAGAUUUCCCAGAGUCUGGAGUCUAUUGGUGGAGAGCUCUGGGAUCUCAUGACCUCAUUCAUACCCAGAUGCUGACUUAAUGACUCACCCUCUGAGGGGUAUCUGGAUUUUAAAAGUAGGCCUAGGACGAGAGCCCCACUUAGAGCAAGAGAGGAGUCACCAGUGCUUAAAUUCCAGGCAUCUGUGAGAAUGAUUCUUUUCAGGAGGUGUGGACAGUCCUCCUUGGAGGCUGUGUCUACGUAAACAGUUGUUGCUGAGAUGGAGGUCGGCCCAUACAAAGAAGGUUGUCUUGAAUAGUCUUGGCAUGAACCUGCAUCUGAAAUAGAUCCCAUCACUCUCCGUGGCUACUUUGGACAUUUUAGAAAUGGGCCAGGUUAAUAAUAGUAACAGUACUCGUGGCUCCCAUUUAUUGAAAGUUUAAUGUGUAACACAGUAGGUUGAAUGCUUUGAAUAUAUUAUUCGCAUUUCAUCCCCAUAACAACCUUAUGAAACAGGUACUUUUGUUGUACCAGUGAGAAAUUUGAGCUGAGAGAGUUUGGACCUUGUUUAAAGUCACACCGCCAGCAAAGAGUAGAGGUGGGUCUGGAACCCACAUGUCUAACCCCGCAGUCCCAGUCUCCUGACCGAUACCACCUUGUGCUAUUUCUAUGAAUUUGUGGACCCUGAAUGGCAUAGAGACCUUUGGGGGCUAACUGUGCCCUUUUGUUUCUCCUGUUUCCCCACUCUUCUCCCAGCCCAAGACCAGGCUGCUGGGCUACAACUGGUUUGUAUACUAGUUGCCAAACCUUUUAGGAAUUCUACAAGCUGACUAAGCACAGCCAUCACUAAAAAUUAAAUUAUAUAAAUGUACAAUUAGUACAUUAGUACAAUAAUGAAAACAAAGGUAAUAACUAUUCAAAACUCCUCACUUCCUAAUUGUCACACUACUCCCUUAUUUUCUGUGCUCUUGAGACUACUUCCAUUUACCAUAACUGUAUGGCAAACACCGCACAGUGAUGCCCCACGGACUCCAUAUUGGAUGAUGUCACAGCAAAAGCUUAAAACUGGCUGUGGUGGUAGUGCUUACACUCCUGGAAAUAGGCAAACAUGAUAAGCCAGGGCUUUUCCUCUUUGGAGAACUAGCUGUUAAAUGUUUACCAAGGCAUCUCUUUUACACACAGAGUGUAGAGGACAGAGGACUUUGGGAGGAGAAGUAAAAUUCUGUUGGCCACACUGACAGAGACACAGAUUACAGCCAAUCUGUGGCUAGUGGAACAGCAAAUUACAGGGAAAUCACAUUCUAUUCUGUAGAAAGGAGUCUGGGGCCUCUAGGCAGCUUCAAGGGCAUUCCUUGCCCAACCCUGUACCCAGCUCGAUUGCUGUUAGUGCAAGAAGUUCUAUCUGAUGACUUUCAUGCAAAAGUCACAGCUCCACAAAACCAACCUAUUGACCAUCCCAGUCCAGAAAGUAAAAUCAAGUUCUACAGGAGUGGAUGAUACUGCUACUUGUCCUUAUAGGUCAAUUUUCUUAUCUCUACAUGUAGACCAAAACCCCAUCUAAAGAAAUAUUUCACUUUGGAAAGAAGAAAAAAAAAAUAUUUAACUUGGAAAUUAGUGACUGGAAGUAUCCCACAUCUGGAAAGGGCACCAUGAACAGUGGUGUAAGCAUCACAGAAAAUGUGUUACCACUGAAGUAGGACCCUUACACCGCACAAAGCUGAGGGACAGAAAAGGUAAUGAGUCAAGGGACAUCAUGUAAAGAACAGAGCCCAGUACCUCAUUUUCCUACUCUGGCUCCUUCACUCCACUGUAACCCAACAAAGGAUCCUGCUCAUAAUCUAUAGCUGAGUCUCACCAAUACUCUUUCUAAAUGAAGGGCAUGGUUCCCACUAGGGUAAAAGUCACAGGAAACUCUGGGCUGUGUUUGGAAGUAGGCAGAAUCUCAAGGUCAACAGCAAAAUCAGUUACUCUGACCCCAGUGGUUUCAUUGUGAGGGAUGGAAGGAGUGAGGCUUGCUGAAGCUUCCACUUAGAUCUAAUUUCUGGUGGAAGGAGAAGGGACUGUGGACUGGACAUCACAAAACUACACUUCUAUUGAAAGUUUAGCUACAAAUGACAUUGAAAAUAGCAUCUCCCAGUAGAUUGUCAGACCUUCAAAUUAUUUGUUCUGAAAUUUUCCAUCAAGAACUAGUGAGUUCUCUGUUGGGCUAACCUGGGGAAUGGCCACCCAAGAAAAACCUCACCAAAAAGAGAUCCAAGAGAUCUACUGUAGAUAAGCAUUGAUCCUUUCCCCCCAAAUCAGGCUAUCACGUGGGUUACCUACAUGAGUUAGAGUUUGUCUUUUCCAGUAUUGUAUGAAAAUAUUUUACCUUGAGUACUGUAAACACCCCCUUUUUUUUAACCUUUUUUUAGGGUAUUGACAUAAGAAAGAGAAAGGAAACUGAGAAUCAUUUUAUUUACCCUGAAUUGAUGUAUAUAUACUUUUCUAGGCUUUCUUAUGAUGUUAAAGACAGCAAAAAGCAAACGUAGAACGCUACUUUACCUCUAUUCUGUCUCCCAUGAAGAGUGUUAUUAAAGUGCAAUUGAUAUUGUUUUCCUGAACACUUUGGAGUUAUUUUUUGGUGGUGGUAGUGUUUUUUGUUUUUUGUUUUUUGUUUUUUUUAUUGUCUCCCUACAGGCUACUGUACAACAUGCGGGAACAGAAAUAAAAUGCUACAAGGGAAAGCAAUUAUCAGA